AUGAUAUUUUUAUUAUGCAUCUCAGCUGUUUUAGCUAGCUUUAAUACUUAAUAUGUAACUGAUUAAUUGGAAAUCCAACAAACCAAUUUGAAUAGUUCCAAAAGUUAUUAGUUGUCCCUCAUAAUUACUCAAUUACCAUCAAACAAUUAUUGCUUACCAUUGCUCUAAGUCAUCAUUAAUAACCAAACUCAUAAUGAUUCAUUGGCUUAUUCCAUUAAAGCUAAUAUUCAAAAAGUGUAUUUCAAUUCCACUGAUAACAUCACUAUCAAAGUUAGUUGUAUAAUGUUAGAGCACUUUUAAAAUCAAAAAAACAUCAACAAAACAAUGCAUUUUAAUUUGACUCUAACUGAAGCAAAAUAACAUAUUUCACCACCAUGCCAGUUCCCUCAUUAUGGGUAAAAUUGCAGUCUUUCGAUUCAACAAAUCUAAAAAGAAUUCUCUGUAACAAUUCUAAUUCUUAACAAUACCUGGUUUUAUGCUUACACCAUUCUUGACAAUGACGAUUAUGAGAUUUAUGUACAAAAUGGAGACUCCUUAUUUGGUAUUUCAAUCAUUUCAUUUAAUAAAGUGAAUGUUACUAGACUUCCAUCAUUUCUAUAAAAUUUUAUAGUAUUGGAUUCUUACAGCGAUGAAAAUCAAAUUUUAUUACCAAAAACAGAAAAUAGUUAAGAAAGUAUUUAUAUUAUUGGCAUGUACAAUUUCAAUUCCACUUAAAUUUAGGAAAUUACAAUCACAAUUACAGCUUCUGAUAAAAAUGAAGAAUUUCCAUUUUGGGCUACAAUACUUUUGAUAUCUAUUGUGAUCUUUGGUCUAUUGCUAUUUCUAAUAAUACUGUGUCAUUAUAAGCGAUAAUAUAAAAAGCUAACCUAAAUCAAACCAGCUUUAGAUAGGAAAGUAUUAAAGAAAUACAUGCCACCUUAAAAAGUAGAUUCGAAAAUGAGUGCUGAUACUUGCUCAGUUUGUUUGGUCUAAUUUGAAUUAAAAGAGAAGUAUUGCAAAACUCCUUGCAAUCAUUACUUCCAUGAACAAUGCUUAUUAGAUUGGACAACCAAAUAAGCCAAUUGUCCAGUUUGUAGAUAAGGAUUACUGGAAAAUGAAAUUAAUGAAUUAAUGGAAGUUAAGAACAAUAGAAAUCGAUAAGUCUAAGAAUUAAACAUAUAAGAAAUAUAAGAAGCUAUCAAAUCAAAGGAUGAACCACCGUCACAAACUUACAGGGAUUUGCCAUUUCUACAAUUAUCAUCUUCUCCUUUUAGAACUUAGUGCAAAAUAGAAUUGGAUUGCUCUCCUUAAGCAGAACAUUCGCCACAAAUUAUUUAAUUUGAUGGAUCUCCUCAAAAUUUAACAAAUAGAAACCUAUGUUUUUAAUCGGAUGGCAUUGUGGAGUCUUAAAAUUGA